AUGGAAAAUUCACUCCCUCUUGGCCGAACAACAACGACGGAUUCUCUUCGGUCUCGGAAAUCGUCGCCUUCCCCCGAUGCGCCUUCUUCGCCUGACACAACCAUAACCGAGCCGGAGCAGUCACCGGGAGCGGACGACGAUAUCUGGGAUACGUCAUCCGAUCAUUUCCCUCUCACGACGGCUCAGCAUCCUGACCAUGAUCUGGACGCCACAUCCGCGCCCUAUCCUCACGACGAUGACUCGCAUCCCAGAUUUGUGAGAGGGGCGAUUCUCUCCGACCUUCCCGCACUAAGGAGACAGCAUAUGACAGACGGGUAUCGCGAGGGGUUGUCUGUGGGAAAGGCACGGGUCAUGCAGAGCGGCUUUGACGCGGGUUAUCCCCUUGGUGUGGAGGUCGGGCUGAGGGCUGGGAAUGUGCUGGGGGUGCUGGAAGGUGUUAUUGCCGCGCUGACGAGUUCAAAGUCUGGUGCUGGCUCGGUCAGGACAGCAAGGGCUUCACCAGCCUCGAUCGAAGGCGGGCAAAGCUCAAGGGCGACGGGUGUUGCCGCUGUGCCUUCGUCCGGAACGGGCGGAGUAGAAAUGACGACGGGCUCGACGCGUGAAGUCGGCAACAGGACUGCUCCGAAUGAGGAAGAGCUGAGCUUCGUUCGAGCUUUAUAUGCUCGUGCACAGGAAGAGCUGAAAAUCUCGGAACUACUGAAGGGAUUGGGCGACGACAAGAUUGCGGCAAUACCAGACGCGGUGGCAUCUACUACUGAGGGGAAUUUGCCAGUGGGAGGAAAAGCUAAAACAGAGCCACCCCUGCCGAAAGAAAUCGAGGAUGCACUGGGGAAGUGGGAACGGCUCGUAUUUGGUGCUCUAAGGCAAAGACCUGAGUAUGCGGCUUUGGCGACUCCGGCCGGGAAACAAGCUACAUGA